GAAGAUUCAAGCCAACAAAUGACUCCUGAUCAAGCUUCAGAGCUUGCAGAUGUGGUGACCAACGGGAAAUAUAGCCCUUGGACCUGGUCCAUGCUUCGUCUCUACGGUGUCCUUCUUGUGGGCUUCUUCUGUGCCACAAUCAAUGGCUAUGAUGGCUCGGUUAUGGGCGGCCUGAAUGCCAUGGAGUCUUAUCUGAAUUACUUUAACAUGAAAUCUGCGUCAUCGAGUACCGGAUUUGUAUUUGCGAUAUACGGAAUUGGUUCCAUUGCUGCCGUGCCCUUCGUGGGCCCGUUGAAUGACUGGCUCGGCCGACGUUCUGCUCUCUUCGUUGGCUCCCUCAUCGUCAUACUGGGAGCCUGCGUGACUGGCGCAUCGAAAAACCAUGGAAUGUUCCUCGGGGGACGUUUCGUGCUAGGGUUUGGGGUCUGUUUCUGCAACGUCACGGCGCCGGUCUAUGUCAGCGAACUGGCCCAUCCCGUCUGGCGUGGCACUUUGAUGGGAAUGUACAACAGCUUUUGGCAUAUCGGCUCGAUCUUAGCGGCCUGGGUGAUCUACGGAGCCAAAGAUGCCGGCCCCGGGGGAUGGCGCAUCCCACUAUACUGCCAAUUAAUUGCAUCAGGCAUCGUAGUCUGCUUCAUCUGGUUUCUCCCCGAGUCCCCUCGCUGGCUGGUGGCGAACGGGAAGAUCUCCGCUGCGCGCAAAGUCUUGACUCGAUACCACGGCGAAGGAGACCCUGACCACCCCUUGGUGCAAUUCCAGAUGCGAGAAAUGGAGAACCAGAUCUCCGUGAGCUCUACGGAUAAGCGAUGGUGGGACUACAGUGCUCUCUGGAAGACGCGGUCAGCCCGCCGCCGUCUCAUUUGUGUCGUCUCCAUGGGCUUCUUCGGCCAGUGGUCAGGAAACUCCGUCACCAGCUACUAUCUCCCCGUGAUGCUGCAGAACGCAGGCAUCACCAGCGAGAGCCGCAAGCUGCUCCUCAAUGGCAUCUACCCUCCACUCUGCUUCGUGGCCUCGCUCGUCGGCGCCCGUCUCAUGGACAUGGCCGGUCGUCGCCCUUUACUCCUCUACUCGCUGGUCUUCAUGAUCGUCGCCUUCGGCAUCCUCACCCCAACCUCCAAACUGGCCGCCGAGAACCCAUCCAAUAGCACGGCGGCCAACUCCACCAUCGCAUUCAUCUACCUCUUCGGUAUCGCGUACGCGGUGGGCUGGACGCCCAUCACACCUGUCUAUAUUGUCGAGGUGCUGGAGACCAAUGCCCGCGCCAAGGGCAAGUCUUUUGCCUUGUUGCUUAUCUCCGCUUCCAGCACAGUCAUCCAGUAUGCGUCCGGGCCGGCGUUUGAGCAUCUCAAGUACUACUUCUACAUCGUGUUUAUCGGCUGGGAUGUCUUUGAGAUGGUAAUUAUUUACUUCUUCUGGCCUGAAACGAAGGGUCGUACGCUGGAGGAGCUGAACGAGGUGUUUGAGGCGCGGAACCCGGUUAAGAAGAGCUUAGAGAAGAAGAGCUUGCACACGGUCAUGCAUACGAUGCAUGUGGAUAAGUCGGAUCAAGCUGAGUCUCGGGCGCAGGGGUGAGAGGAAGAUGGAGGCUAUCGCGU